GCGGCAAACACAUGCUACUCAGGAGAGUUCUUAAUAUCCAUAAACUCUCAGAAGCUGGGUCUGGUCUGACAGUAUCGACAGUAGAUCUCAUGGUGUUAAGAACACCCAGAGUGAGGGAAAAUGGCUGGGAAGGAACAUAUCCCAUGGGUAAGUGCAGGAUGAGAGGAUUGCAACCCCCAGGUGGCCACAAGAGAGAGCAGGUCUAGUUCUGUCUUUUGCAAGCGG